AUGGCGUCAUUGAUAGGUCGAAGAGGAUUACAUUUGUUAAGUCGUAGGAUGUUGUUCAAUUCAGUGGAGGAAUUGUACGCCAUUAAUGCAGCUGCUAUCCCCGAAUAUAUCCACAAAGUGAGUGUAUCAAAUACAGCAGCUCGGUUUCUUCCGCUUGUGCAGUUCAAAUUGUCAGACAUUGGUGAAGGCAUUGCUGAAGUGCAAAUUAAAGAAUGGCAUGUGAAAGAAGGUGAUUAUGUGGCACAGUUUGAUAACAUCUGCGAAAUACAGAGUGAUAAGGCAUCAGUGACAAUCACUAGCCGUUAUGAUGGUAUUAUCAAAAAAUUGUAUUAUAAUGUUGAUGAUGUAGCAAAGGUGGGUACAACCCUUGUGGACAUCGAAGUUGCAGACAUCGGUAAUGGUGUUUUAUUUCUUUUUUCAUAAGGAUUUCCGUAACUCAACUGUUCACCAAGUUGCAUUCAGCGGAGCUGGGAGGGAUAAGAAAUCAUUUUUGUAUUUUCCUAUGCUAGCC